CGACAUCUUACAGAUCCUCCUCUGGACACCUUUGAGACUUUUACAACUCACAAAGAUGGCAGUUUCAGCAGAGAAAAUAUCGGUUCACUCAAUAGCUGAUCUUAAGAACACCAGCGACGAUGCUAUACCUAACUACCUCAACUCACUCGGCUUCACCCAGUCGCAUACUCUCUCCGAUACCCGUCUAGCACUCGGCUACAGCGCCUUCGCCAUCUGUGCGGCCACUUUCUGCUGGGACUACCAAUUCGGGUUCGAAUCCACCAAGUACUACACUGCCGUUGCCGUCCUCCUAUACUCGAUUCUCAACGGCGCCCUCACAUUCUGGAUCUGGGCGGUUGAGAAAGGAACAGUCUAUGUGGGCACAAAUAAGAAUGGCGACAAGAUUCAAGUUGCGACUAAGACCCAGAAACAUGUCCCCAUUUACAACGUCACAAUCACCACAUACUCCAAAGCCAAUCCUACCGUACCGAACCCGAUCUCGCUGAAGAAGCCGUUCACACAGUGGUUUGAUAAGCAGGGCCACUUUGUGUCAUUGCCAUUUCAACAAAUGUUCGCCAGCAAUGUGUCAGUAAUUGGAAAGGCUGACCCGACAAAGGUUGUGGAGAAGAAGAAAGUCGCAAACGUGGAAGGGGCGAAUAAGAGUAUGGAUGAGAAGUGGGCGAGUUUACUGGCUGAGAGUUCCGGUGUUAGUCUGGAUGAUUUGAGUGGUGGUACGGCAGCAGGAACUGGUUCAGUCAAGUCAAAAGGGCGGCCCAAGAAGAAUUAGAUGGCAUGAAGCGGAACCGUGUGGACCAGUGAGAAUAUGGGUGCAAUAAAAGUCAUGAAGGCUCGGGCGUCUUCAGGGAAUGGAC